GCUAUAACAUAUUUGAGCGUCGUUAUUUCUAGAGGAGGCGCUGUUCCUUGGAGAGUAAGGUGGUCGAGAUUGCUUCGAUAUACAAACUUAAGCGCUGUCGUAGUUCUUUGCGAUGAGGAGACUUAAGCAACGUAAUUGAAAGGGGGAGUGCGUCCCAUCGCUCUCCCUCGCCGAUUUUCUAUCUCCCGCCCGGUUGUGGCUAUCAGGCAUACGGUAGCCCCUUUGGUCGGAGUCAGCCCUCCAAUUUUUUUUGCUUUUUGUUUUUUUUUUUUUCUCUCAUCGGCUGCAUAGCGGGAGGAACCGGCCACAAGAAGAAAGUGAUGCAUGAAGAUGAAGAAAAA